GGUUUAUGACUUUGUGGCUGUGGUAACUAGUGACGACAUUGACGAUUGAUGUUGAUGUAUCGCAGUUAGCUAGCCACAUAACCAUACAUCGGUGCACCUAACCGGAGGUAGCGACACAGAAGUGAAGAGUCGCCCGUAAUAACCGAUAAACCGACGUGUUUGGGGUGGGUGAUUUCCACAAGAUGUCGUUCCCUCCUCAUCUCAACCGACCCCUGUUGCCCCCGGGCAUCCCCCCUCCACAGUUCGCUGGUUUUCCUUCAGGUACCCCAAUGAUACCAGUCCACAUGGGCAUCAUGACCCAGACCCCCACGGUCCUGGUACCCACCUCCAUGCCCGUGAUUAGUAAGCCCGCGGCCCCCAGGAAGGAGGUACCCCCGGUGAGGGCCAAGGAGACGGACGAGAACAGCGGCCCCACCACCACAGUGUUUGUAGGGAACAUCUCGGAGAAGGCCUCGGACAUGCUGAUUCGAAAGUUGCUAGCGAAAUGUGGCCUGGUCCUAAGCUGGAAGCGAGUCCAAGGAGCCUCUGGAAAACUUCAAGCUUUUGGGUUCUGUGAGUACAAGGAACCAGAGUCAACGCUGCGGGCCCUGCGACUGCUCCACGAGCUGCAGAUCGGGGAGAAGAAGCUGCUGGUGAAGGUGGACGCCAAGACCAAGGCACAGCUGGACGAGUGGAAGGCCAAGAAGAAGAGUAGCACCAACGGCAACGAGGCGAAAGAAGAGGAUGGAAAAGAGGAGGAGGUGAUCGACGAGGACACCAAGAGGCGGGACCAGAUCGUCAAGGGCACCAUCGACGGUCUGAUCCGAGAGUACGCCAGCGAUCUCAAAGCUCCCUUGAAUGAUGAUGAAUCCCAGCAACGCAGGAAAAGGAAAGAGAAAAAAGAAGAGGAGGAUAUCAACGCAAUUGACGGAUUGGAGGAUGACAAGAGAGACCUGAUUUCCAGAGAGAUCAGUAAAUUCCGCGACACCCACAAGAAACUGGAGGAGGAGAAGGACAAGAAGGAGAAGGAGCGUGCAGAGUUUGAGCGCGAGCGACGGGAGAGGGACAAGGAGAGGGAGCGCGAGAGGGAGCGACGGGACCGCGAGCGGGAGAAGGAGAGGGAGCGCGAGAGAGACCGCGAACGGGACAGAGGUGACAGAGACAGAGAUCGUGAUCAUGACCGCAACCGGACGAAAGAGAGAGAACGGGAGAGGGAGAGGAGCCGUGACAUGAGCAAAGACCGCAGCCACUCCAGAGACAGAGAGGUGAGUCGCGACAGAGACAAGGACAAGAAGCGUGACCAGGAGGAUGAGGAGGAGGUCUAUGAGAGGAGAAGGCUGGAGAGAAAGCUCAGAGACAAGGAGGCAGCCUAUCAAGAGCGUUUGAAGAACUGGGAGAUCCGCGAGAGGAAGAAAGCUCGAGACUACUCCAAGGAGUCUGACAGGGAGGAGGAGCGCAGGAGAGAGAUGACUAAAGAAGGCAAACGGCUGAAGGAGUUCCUGGAGGACUAUGAUGACGACAGGGAUGACCCUAAGUACUACAGGGGCAGCGCGCUGCAGAAGCGUCUGCGAGACCGGGAGAAGGAGACUGAGGUGGACGAGCGCGACAGGAAGAGAGAGGAGGAGGAGCUUGAGGAGAUCAGACAGAGACUGCUGGCCGAGGGACAUCCAGACCCCGAGGCCGAGAUGCGCAGGAUGGAGGAGGAGGCGGAGCGUCUGCGCCAGCCCCCAGUGAAGCUGGAUCCAGAUCCCGAGGAGGAGCGGGUGCACAAGGCCCCACGGGAGGACCGGGAUCAUGACGAUGUGGAAGAGGGGGAGGAGUUUGACGACAACGACCAAUCAGGCUCCAAGCCCUGCCUGAAGCCCACGCUGCGGCCAAUCACGGCGGCCCCCUCUGUGUCGUCGGCCAGCGGGGGUGCCACCCCCAACACGCCCGGGGACGAGUCACCAUGCGGUAUCAUCAUCCCUCACGAGAACUCUCCCCCUCACGGGGCCCCGCCCCCUCACGAGGCCCUGCCCCCUCACGAGGCCCUGCCCCAGGAAGAGUUCCGCCCCAAGGUCGGCCUCAGUCUCAAACUGGGAGCCCCUAACGUUACCAGCCCCAGCCAGCCCAAUGUGGCCAUCAAACGCAAGAAGCUCACUGUGGACAGCGUCUUCAACAAAUUCGACGACGAAGAGGCGGACGAGGCGCCCCGCAAGCGCAAGCUGGUGCCGCUGGACUACGGCGACGAUGACAAAAUCCUCCAGAGCGUGGUAGACGGUGCCUCGGGACUGGCGGCCAUCAAGGGCGCCAACACUGAGGAGAAGCGCAAGCACAUCAAGAGCCUGAUCGAGAAGAUCCCCACGGGCAAGACGGAGUUGUUCUCUUACCCGCUGGACUGGUCCGCCGUGGACUCGACUCUGAUGGAUCGACGCAUACGCCCCUGGAUCAAUAAAAAGAUAAUUGAGUACAUUGGAGAAGAAGAGGCUACGCUAGUGGAUUUUGUCUGCUCAAAGGUGAUGGCUCAUGGUACACCACAGGGUAUCUUGGAUGAUGUUGCCAUGGUUCUGGAUGAAGAAGCAGAGGUCUUCAUCGUCAAGAUGUGGAGGUUGCUGAUCUAUGAAACGGAAGCCAAGAAGAUUGGGCUGGUGAAAUAAGUAACCCAAGAAAGCACUGAACCAACUUUUUCUAAUAGAGUAAUCCGACUUUAGCGUUAACAGUCACCAAAAAAGACAACUUCUCCAUUUCGAGCAGCCUAAAAUCAAAGAAUGGGCUCAUCCUAAUACCCCAACAACGGCUUUCUCCUACAGACAGUAUUGAGCUCCCGUUUUCCCAUUAUUCCAAUAGACUCUGGUACAUGUCAUGUCUCUUUACUGCAGCUGCUGACUGUAUAGCCUUAUGUGUGUGCUUGAAUGACUUUGAACAAGUGCUUAUUGAAGAUGCAUGCAAGCAACCACUUUGACAAUGGGCUUUACUACAGUCUCUUGGCUUGAGUUGGCUGUCCCGAGGGUUGGGAUGGAGCUGGCAGAUAAGGGGCUAACGGUUGAAGUAGAUAACAUGGCUACCAAGCCGUGGAAGGACGUUCACUGAAAGGUAUCUCACUGGUCUCCAUUUCUCUAUUAAUUUUGUGAUAUUUAGUAACAUCCAACUUCUAUAACAGCUCAAAUGAUUAGUCAUUGGCAUCUGCUGAAACUUCUGUUUAAGUGGAGUAGGUUUGUUUUUGUAUUACAAAUAACACUUUCUAAAAAUGCUAUUUAAGGAGGAAAAUAGGCCAGCUACUGAACGUUAGGUCUUACUUUCUGACUUGGUGAUUGGUUGGUCUCUCUCCAUACUGUAACACACAGGAAUAAGAACCACCACCUGACAGAACACUGUAUAGGAAAGGUUCAUUUGGAAGACCAGCUGAAAGGAUAGUGAUUUGUGAAAACAUUGUCGCCAUUGUUUUUUUGUACCAGUGGAAAUUUGUUUUGAAUAAAGAAUUUUUGUAUA